UAAAAUGAAUACGACAUUGAGCUAGAAUUAGAUUUUUAUUUGCUGAACAAAUUUUAAUUAAAACGACUUGCGUUCGUAUUCGUAUUUAAAAUGAAUUAGUUCUAUUCGUUUUUGAUAUAGACAAUUACUUAGAUAAAUCAUUCUGUCUGGUUAUUACUUUGUUGCAUUUUAAGACUAAUGCCUCAUCACAAUCUUUAUUGUAUAUAGCUAAGAAACAAUAAUAACAAUUGUUAUACAUAAAAUAGAAGAAAAAAUAGUAGUUAGUGAGAAUCGAAUGCAAAAUGGGAAACAAAAAAAAUGACAAUGAAUUAAAACAUGAAGAAAACAAAACAAAGGAAAUAAGUUAUUUUCGUUUAUUUCAAUUCUGUACUACUUUGGAUAUUAUUUUUAUGUCAAUUGGAGCUAUUUGUGCAGCACUAAGUGGAAUAGUCCAACCAUAUUCUAUGACAUUAUUUGGAGAUGUUACGGGCGCAAUAGUAACAUACGCUUCAAACUACAACGAUUCCCUUAGUGAACCAAACAAGACUUUGUUAGCAGAUGAAUUAAUAAAUGCUGUUUGGUUGUUUGGGAUGAAGUCGCUAGGAGUUGGAAUAGGCGUUAUUUUAACUACCUAUUUAUCAACGGUCCUUUUUAUUUACAGCGCAUCCAGACAGAUCUUCAAAAUCCGAAAAGCUUUUCUUGAGAAAACGCUUAAUCAAGAUAUUGCUUGGUUUGACCAGAAUCGCACUGGAGACUUUGCAAGUACAUUUACGCAAAACAUUUCAAAAUUAGAAGAGGGAAUUGGUGAAAAAAUUGGAACUUUUAUAUUUUUUGAGUCAACCUUUGUAGCAGGAUGUGUUUUGGGUCUAGUUAAAGGAUGGAAAUUAGCAUUGGUGUGUAUGGUAUCACUUCCUUUAUCGACUACAAUUAUGACAGUAAUAUCAUGGAUAUCUACAAAAUUUUCAGCGCAAGAAAUGGAAUCAUACGGCGAAGCUGGUACGAUCGCUGAAGAAGUUUUCACCGCAAUCAAAACUGUUGUGGCUUUCGAUGGACAAGACAAAGAAAUUGACAGAUAUAAUAAACACCUCGUUGAUGCCAAAAAGAAUAACUUAAAACGAAGCUUUUUUACUGCUAUAAGUAAUGGAUGCUUAUGGUUUUUCGUAUACGCGUGCUACGCUUUGUCGUUUUGGUAUGGAGUAACAUUAAUAUUGAAUGAUAGGCAUCUGCCAGAAGACCAACAAGUUUAUACACCAGCAAAUAUGGUAUCUGUAUUCUUUUCAACGUUAAUAGCUACUUGGAAUUUUGGAUUAGGAGCUCCACUACUGGAGACUUUUGGAACAGCCAAAGGAGCGGCACAAAAAAUAUUUUCAGUAUUAGAUAGCAAACCCAUUAUAAGAAAAUUUGCAAACAGUGGACUUAUAAUAAAUGACGCCUCUUUGGAAGUAACAUUUGAAGGUGUGCAUUUUAGUUAUCCUUCAAGAUCAGACGUAAAGAUUCUUAGAGGUAUAAAUCUUACAAUAAGUAAAGGUGAGACAGUUGCACUGGUUGGAAAAUCUGGAUGUGGUAAAUCCACCUGUAUUCAAUUACUUCAGAGAUUCUACGAUCCAGAUAUGGGUCAAAUCAAAAUAAAUGGUACAAAUAUUAAGGAGCUAAAUUUAGACUGGCUUAAACAAAAGAUUUCCGUUGUAAGUCAAGAGCCAGAUUUAUUUUCCACUACCAUCGCCGAAAACAUAAGAUAUGGAAAACUAAAUGCUACUCAACAAGAAAUAGAGAAUGCAGCGAAAAAAGCUGAUAUCCACGCAUUUAUACAGACUUUACCGCGAGGUUACCAAACAGUUCUGGGAGAACGAGGAACUCAAUUAUCUGGUGGUCAGAAACAAAAGAUAGCCAUAGCUAGAGCUCUAGUACGAACUCCUGAGUUUUUACUUCUAGAUGAAGCCACUUCAGCUUUAGAUACGACAAGUGAAGCAGAAAUACAGGAAGCUUUAGAUUCGAUACGAGGGACCUGUACAAUAAUAAUAGUUGCACAUAGGCUAUCAACUAUACGACAAGCAAGUAAAAUCGUGGUAAUCAACGAAGGAAAGGUUUUAGAAAUGGGCACGCAUACUGAACUAAUGGAUAUGAACGGAGCUUAUCACAAUUUAGUAAUUUCCCAAGGACUAACUGAAACAUUAGAAGAAAAAGAUAGCAGACGACGGAGCAGAAAAUUUAGUGAGGCUAAUAAGUCUGUAAAUGAAAAAGAAGACGAAGAACUUGAAGAAACACAGAUUAAUCAACCAGUUGCGAAGAACAUUUUAUUGAAGGUUUUAAAAUUAAACGCUUCAGAAUGGUUUUAUAUUCUUAUUGGUUGUCUAUCUUCACUGAUAACGGGAGCUUCUUUGCCAAUUUACGGAUUAGUAUUCGGAGGAAUAAUGGGAAUUUUUGCAAAUGAUGAUGAUGGAGAAGUGCGGAGUGAGAGUAAUAUGUACUGUUUAUAUUUCCUAAUACUAGGUGUAUUCACAGGAAUUGCAAUGUUUUGGCAGACAACCAGUUUUUCUGUAGCUGGAGAACACUUAACUCUAAAAAUUAGAUCGAAAACAUUUGAAGCAAUGUUAAAACAGGAAAUUGGCUGGUAUGAUCAAAAAUGCAAUGGAGUUGGGGCACUAUGUGCACGUCUGGCUGGAGAUGCUGUAGCUGUUCAAGGGGCAGCUGGUCCACAGAUAGGAACAACAAUAAAUUUUAUUUCAACAUUCAUACUUACGUGCACGUUUUCUUUUUAUUUUGAGUGGAGGACAAGCUUUGUGCUUUUUUCUUUGUGUCCCGUAAUAUUCUUUUCUGUAUAUUAUGAGCAGAAGGUAUUACAAGAGGAUGCAACGAAAAACCAAAAAAUGUUAGAAGCGUCAGCAAAGUUGGCUGUAGAAGCAAUCGGUAACAUAAGAACAGUGGUUUCUCUGGGUUGCGAAAAAGUAUUUAUGGAACAGUAUAUCAAAGAGUUAUUACCGUACCAGAAAAUGGCAACGAAAAAGUCACAUAUUCGUGGCAUUAUAGUAGGUUUAGCUAGAAGUUUGAUGAUGUUUGCUUACGUAGCGGGAAUAAGAUAUGGUAUUAACUUAAUCAUUUCCGGUGAUUGCCCCUAUGGAACAAUUUUUAUAGUUUGUGAAGUAAUGAUAGUCGGUACGUGGUCGGUUGGAAAUGCACUGUCUCUUUCUCCAAAUUUCCAAAAAGGUCUUGUUGCGGCAUCCAGAAUAAUAACGCUUUUAGAGAGGCAACCAGUUGUACAAAACAUGCCAAACGCCUUAAACUUUUUAUGGGAAGAUGAAAAUGUAGAAUAUUCUGAAGUUUACUUUUCGUACCCUACGAGACCUUCAAUACCAAUUCUAAAAGCACUAAACCUUUUAAUCCCAAAAGGAAAAACAGUUGCGUUAGUAGGAUCAAGUGGCUGUGGAAAAUCAACUAUUAUUCAACUAUUGGAAAGAUUCUACGAUCCUAGUUAUGGAAAGGUAGAAAUUAGUGAUAAAAAUAUUCGGUAUAUAGAUUUAAAGUCGUUAAGAUGUCAAUUGGGAAUAGUCUCGCAAGAGCCAAAUCUAUUCGAUAAAACUAUAGCUGAGAAUAUAGCAUAUGGUGCAAAUUACAAACAAGUGGAAAUGGAUGCUAUUAUUGAUGCUGCUAAAUCUGCAAAUAUUCAUGAAUUUAUUUUAAAUCUUCCAAAGGGUUACGAAACAAAAGUAGGCAGUAAAGGAACUCAGCUCUCUGGAGGACAAAAACAACGUAUUGCCAUAGCACGAGCUCUGCUACGAAAUCCAAAAAUACUUUUAUUGGAUGAGGCAACAUCAGCAUUAGAUAAUGAAAGUGAAAAGAUAGUACAAGAAGCUUUAGAUAAUGCUCGAAAAAGUCGAACGUGUAUAACCAUAGCUCAUCGCUUGACGACAAUCCAAGACGCUGAUGUUAUUUGUGUACUAAAAGAAGGAAAUGUAGUAGAAAUGGGAAAACAUAAAGAGCUUCUAGAAAAACAGGGAUUAUAUUACAAAUUUUAUAAAUUACAAUCAGUGGAGAGUAUUUCUUAAAAGGAAUCACUUUUAUUUGUAUAAUAC